AUGCUUUCUGGCUACCAAUAUUUCGAAUUAGACAAAACGACAGCACUCUUACUCAACAAAGAUUGGACGCAUGAGCUAUAUGUCAAGUUUGCCUGUGCCCAAGGCUUGGCAGGUUCAAUCCUGAUGAAUGUCAACAAUGGUGAAGCCAAUCUUGUGAAUACGGUAGAGGUUUAUGGUCGAACCAAAUCAGUUGACAUCCACCGAGAACUGUCUACUUUGGCUACCUCCUCAAUCCUCACAACCACUCCAAUGUACCCAAACCUCUGGCCAUGCAUCCAAAGCACAAGGGAUGGCUCCAAGCUGGUAAUUGGCACCCAAUCAUGCGAUUGUCUCAUUAUGUUAAUCGUUCGCCUCGAUCGGAACGAAGAGCCCAAAGUGGGACCUUUGGCUUUUUACUUUGCUGCAUCACCAAAACAUACUAAGAUAUUUAUCGACCAAGACAGCUGGACAAAAGCCAAGGAUAUAGAGUCAAAUGAAUCAACACAGUCAAUCGAGCCCUUCAAUUUGGUUGGCCAAGCAAGACAGCUUUGA